AUGCCGGAGUCAGGGUGCGGCCGAGGCUCCUCCCACUGCGGGGGUCAGAACGCGGGGUCAGAGCGCGGGGUCAUGGCCGGGCCCGGCCUCCAGCUUCUCCCUCCCGAUGCCGGGGACCGCGGUUCUCAGCGCUGCCGCCUGGGGCCCCGGGCUCUGGCUGCUCUGGGCCUCAGGCUGGGCUCCCCGGUGCGGGUGUGUUUACCCGGCGGGGCCGCUCUGUGUGCGGCUUGGCCGCGGGGAGACCGGGCCGAGGGCUUCCUGCAGCUGGACACCAAGUGCGUGAGCCCGGGGCUGGUGGGAAGGCCCUGCCGGGGCCUGAGCAUCGGCCUCGGAAACUUACAGCCGCUUUCCUGCGUUAAACUGAGGCGGGUUCGCGUCCGGGCGGUGUUGGCGGCCCGGCCUGGGGCUCGGGGCCUGGGGGGCGAGGCCCGGCCUGGGGCGGAGGAGUUGCUGAAGGAGCUGCUGAGGGAUGUUUACCUGUGCCCGGGGUUUGUUGUUGUGGGUCCGGAGCCUGCGGCCUUGCCUGGGCUGAACCUCCUGGAAGUCGCCGCUGUGGAGCCGGAGCUGGAGCUGGGCAGCGCCGGCCUCCUGGGCACCCGGACCCGGCUGGAGGUGGUGGAGGUGCCGAGGCCCGAACAGUUUCAGGGCCGGGGUCUGGGUUUGGGUCUGGGCGGCCUGGAGCAGGUGGCCUCCCCGCUCCGGGAGAUGCUCAGCUUCCCGCUCCGGUUCCCCAAGGCCCUGGGCCGCCUGGGGCUGCCCUGCCCACGGGGAGUGCUGCUGCUUGGGCCCCCGGGGGUGGGAAAGACCGCACUGCUCCGCGCCCUGGCCCAGGAGCUGGAGGCCCCGGUAUUAGAGGCUUCUCCUGCCGCUAUCCAGGGAUCCCGGCCCGGGGAGAGUGAGCAGAAUCUGAGGCGACUGUUUGAAGAGGCCCAGGCCCGGGCCCAGGCCAGACCCUGCCUCCUCUUCAUCGAUGACAUGGACUCGCUUUUCCCCCGGAGAGCGGUGGCGGGGAACCGGCCUGAGGACCGGCUGGUGGCCCAGCUUCUCACCCUGAUGGAUGGCCUGGACCCCCGGACACAGCUGCUGGUGGUGGCAGCGAGCAGCAAGCCCGAAGCAUUGGAGCCCGCGUUAAGGAGGCCGGGCCGUUUUGACAGAGAGAUCACAGUCGGCGUCCCGACAAUAUCACAGCGCCAAUCUAUUCUGGAAGUACUCACCUCACCAAUGCCUCUGAGGGCUGACGUUGACCUGUCUUGGCUGGCAGAAGCUACAAGUGGUUAUGUCGGUGCUGACCUGACAGCUCUGUGUCGUGAGGCUGCUCUACAGCUCUUGAGACGCAGCUCCAAGGAGCCAUUGGACAAGGAAAUCACCUUUGCAGAUUUCCGUGAAGCCCUGAAGAUUGUGCAGCCUUCCUGUCUUAGAAGCAGCAUUGGGCUGACUGACUUCAAACCUGUUCAAUGGGACCAGAUUGGAGGCCUGGAUCAAGUCAAACUGAAACUCAGACAGAGUAUUGAAUGGCCAGUGAUGUACCCAGAGGCAUUUGUGAGGAUGGGUGUGACCCCCAUCCGUGGAAUUCUCCUGUACGGACCACCAGGAUGUGCAAAGACCACGCUGGUGAAAGCUGCAGCCACCAGUUGCCGAUGUUCUUUUCUGUCGGUCAGUGGGGCUGAUCUCUUCUCACCAUUUGUAGGUGAUUCUGAAAAGGCCCUGGUUCAGGUUUUUCACCAAGCUCGAGCUGCAGCUCCAUCAAUCCUGUUCCUGGAUGAAAUCGAUUCCAUGCUUGGAUCACGCUCGCUUGAUGGAACAAACGACCGUAGUGUUAAAGAGCGAGUGCUCUCUGUUCUUCUUAAUGAGAUGGAUGGAAUUGGACGACCACUGGCUGAGGGGAGAGGCACUAAGAGGAAAAUAUUUGCACCAGAAGGAGAACAUUCGGAACAGACAAAAAAGUUGGAAUUUCAGGAGGUUCGUAACAAAACAGUGAUCGUGGUCGCUGCUACAAAUCGACCAGACCUCUUAGAUGAUGCUUUGCUGCGACCUGGGAGAUUUGACCAAAUAAUCUUUGUUCCAUCUCCGGAUGAAGAGGCAAGACUUUCCAUACUGAGGAUUUGCACUUCCAAAACUCCACUGGAUGAUGUGUCAUUGGAAGAACUGGCAGCUGAGACCACAGGGUUUACUGGAGCAGAUAUACAGAAUUUAUGCAAAGAGGCUGCCUUAUUGGCUCUGCAGGAAAAUGGACUUGGUGCUGCUGCUGUGAAACAGGAUCAUUUUCUCAGAUCCCUUCAGAAUUUAAAGCCCUCGUUGACUGGCCAACAGCUGGAUUUCUACUACAAUUUGUUCUCAACAGUGACCCAAGAGACAACCUGACCAAUCCUGGCAAUGGCAAAGGACAGUAACUAACAACUUGGCUCCAGAUGAAAGAAUCAGAACUGAAAUUUAUCAUAAACUUGUAUUUCGUAUGAACACAAACUUUAUCCUUCCAAACUCAAAAUUAAAAAUCAAUAAAUAUGAUUAACAAA